CACUUUUCAACAGCCCGCCUACCCACCAUGGCGUCGGCUGUGCCCCUUCCUCUCGAGGAGUUCCUCAAUGCCUGCCGGGCGUUUGCGGCCAACCCGGAGGAGACGUCGAACAUCACACGCCUUUCCCAGAUGACACCUGCACUCGAGGAUGCGCAUGUCAAGGCCAAGAGCGCGUCAAAGACGCUGCUGCGCAACCUGCACACUGCGAUGGGCGGAUCGUCGCCGAUCGCGUCGCCGGGCACGCCAUCGUCGCCGUACAUCGGCGGCUCGCGGCCAGGCUCCGAGGGCGGGCUGCGGACAGUGCGAGCUGCGUCGGCAAGCGCGCCGAUGAAACGCAACAAGACGCCGAGCCUUCCGCAACUGGGUGCGGCCAAGAAGCGGAUGCACGCGCAGACGGCGCUGGCCGGCAGCCUCUCGUCGGCGCAAAAGGAGCUCCUGGAGGAGGAGGCGAUGUCGGCUGCGUCGCAGUGGCUGGCGGCUGGGGCGAGCCACGAGUCGCGGCGUGAGUCGCGACUGCGGCGCGGCCAUGCCAAGAUCGACAUCCAGGUCCUGUUUGUGUUUGGCGAGGGCGACGUGACCCAUGAGGUGGAGGUUCGCGACGUGGCGACGACGCUGACGGUGGGCGAGGCCAAGGAGCGCGCGAUCAGUGUGCUCCGGGCGACAGGCCAGGGGCUAGACAACGACUUUAGCGAGUCGCGCAUGUUCUCGGUCGGAUCGUCGGCGGCCAACGAGGAGCCGAUGACGCUGCGGUCGCUUGCCGCGGUCCGCAACGCCAUUGUCCGCGCCCGCAAGCUCGACACCAAGGCCGUUGUCCGGUUUUUUGUCCUCCGCAAGGAGCUCAUCCGCAAGGAGAAGUUUGCCACAAUGCAGAUCGGGUCGCUCAUCGGCAUUCCGCUGCAGUUCUUUGACGGCGCUAACGACGAGGUCUCCUCGUUCCGCGGCAACAUGAAGCGGCUGCGGUCGCAGCUGGCCGGCGCCUCGCGCAUGGUCUCCGAGGCGGUCGUGCCGAACCUCAAGUCGUCGCCGGCGCCGCCGGACUUUCCGGCCGAGCUUAUUUUCCGGCUGCGGUUCUCGGAUGACGUGGUGAAGACCGGCAAGGUGCUCUCGUCGCUGACGCCGACCCAGGCACUGGCCACCGUCUUUGACAAGUUUGCCGCCAAUCUCGCUGUCCUCCUGCAGGCACCUGCUGAGAGCUUUGUGGCCGAGGCAUAUACGCUCAAGGUCCCUGGUGAGUGGGACUUUCUGCUCGGCGACGCGCCGCUCUGCGACUACGAGUACAUCCGGAGUGCGGGUGCAGCCAAGGGCGCGUUUAUCCCCAUCAACGUGGUCGAACGGUCGACGGUGCCCGAGCUUGUGGCCACGCCGCUCACCCACAUCGAGCCGCACUUUCCGGCGGCCGAGCACCAGGUCGCCCACUUUGAGCACUCGAACAUUGCCUUUUCUGAGACGGCGCACCCCGACUCGGCAGCGCCGUUCAUCUCGCUCUGGGACGUGGACGACGUGGUCAAGGUCCAGGUUGUCGGCCUCGACGCCAUCAAGCCCUCGCUCGUCUCGUGGCACUGGGGCAAGGAGCACCGCAAGCCCAAGGUCGAGGGCGUCGCCGCUGCCAUGUUUGUGGAGGUUGGCCUCUUCCACGGCCAGGAACAGCUCUGCCCGCCGACGUAUUCGCAGGUCAUCGAGGCCCACGAGUGGUCGAACAACUGCCCGCGGUUCUACGAGACGCUCGCGCUGACGACCAAGCUCGCGCUCCUGCCCAAGGCUGCUCGGCUGUGCGUCACGGUGUGGGGCCAGAAGAAAGUCUCGCACGACCUCUCGCCCGAGUCGGACAACAACUACGCGCUUGGGUGGACCUCGCUGCAGCUGGUCGACUUUCGGAACCAGCUGGUGGCGGGCAAGCACUCGUUCAAGCUGUGGGAGUUUGACCCGGCGAACCCGAUCGGGCCCACGUCGGACAACCCGGCUUCGGACGCGCCGACUCUGCACCUCGCCUUUCCGCGCCGCAUGCACCCGGUUGUCUUUCCAGAGUUCCCGGUCCUCGCGCCGCUCGACCUCUCGGCAGCCGAGUCGGUUCCGCCCGAGGAGGCCGUGGUGAUCAACGCGGUCAUUGCACGCGACCCGCUCGCCGAAAUCACGCCAGGCGAGAAGGACCUGCUGUGGAAGGCGCGGUACACGCUGGUCCACACGCCGGAGGCCCUGCCCAAGUUCCUGCUCUCAGUCAAGUGGGACGACCCGUCGCAGGUCCAGGAAGUCCACCGGCUGCUUGAUGUGUGGGCGCCUCUCGACCCGGUCGACUCGCUCGAGCUCCUCGAUGCCAACUACUUUGACGCCAAGGUUCGCUCGUUUGCUAUCGAGUGCCUCAACUCGAUCUCGGACGAGAUGCUGGAGGACUUUCUGCUGCAGCUCGUGCAGGUCCUCAAGUACGAGCCGCACCACGAGUCGGAGCUCGCGCGCUUCCUCCUUGUCCGCGCGCUGCAGAACCGCCGCAUCGGGCACUCGUUCUUCUGGAUCCUCAAGUCCGAAGUGGAGGAGCCCGACGUGACGGUCCGCUUCUCGCUCCUUCUCGAGGCGUACCUCCGCGGCUGCGGCCGCCACCGCGACGAGCUUAUCAAGCAGAACGACCUGCUUGUCCAGCUCGUCCGUGCUGCCGAGGCCAUCAAGGAGGUCAAGGGCCCGAUGCGCAUGGACGUGCUCCAGGACCACCUCCGGCGCAUGACCUUUGGCGACGGACGUGUCCAGAUCCUGCUCAACCCCAAGUGGUCAGUCUCGGGCCUCAAGCUCGACAAGUGCAAGUACAUGGACUCGAAGAAGCUCCCGCUCUGGCUUGUGUUUGAGAACGAGGACGAGUCGGGCGACGACCUGUACGUCAUAUUCAAGGCCGGCGACGAUCUCCGCCAGGACAAGCUCACGCUGCAGCUGUUCUCCAUCAUGGACAAGGUGUGGGAGAACGACGGCCUGCCCGUCCGUCUUGAGCCGUACUCGUGCAUGGCGACGGGCCCGUCGCUCGGCAUGAUCCAAGUCGUGCGCUGGUCGAACACCAUUGCCAACAUCCAGCAGGACUACGGUGGAUCCGCGGCAGCGUUCAAGGACGAGCCGCUCGCCGAAUGGCUCAAGGGCAAGUGCAAGGACGAGGCCGCAUACGCCGAGGCCGUCAAGACCUUUACCAUCUCGUGUGCCGCAUACUGCGUUGCCACCUACGUCCUCGGCAUCGGCGACCGCCACAACGACAACAUCAUGCUCUCGGAAAAGGGCCGGCUCUUCCACAUCGACUUUGGCCACUUUCUGGGCAACAUCAAGCGCAAGCUUGGCAUCAAGCGCGAGCGCGCUCCGUUUGUCUUUACCCCCGACAUGGUCUACGUCAUGGGCGGCAAGGAGUCGCCGCACUUUGCCGAGUUUGUCGAGGUCGCCUGCGACGCUUUUGUCUCGCUCCGCCGCAAGGCCAACCUCAUCAUCAACCUCAUGAUGCUCAUGGUCUCCACCGGCAUCCCCGAGCUCCGCUCCAUCUCGGACCUCGCCCACCUCCGCACCUCGCUCGCGCUUGACGCCGAGUCCGAGGCUGCAGCCCGCGAGGAGUUCCGUGGUCUCAUCUUCCAGUCGCUCCAGAAGGGCUGGGCGACCAUGAUGAACUUUUUCUUCCACAACCUCAAGCACAAGUAGAGCCUCGCCAGCUCACCGGCAUCCUUUUUCAUCUCAUUGCAUCCAUUACACACUCACUCUCUUGCACACA